UUAUGAUCAGAAAAUCAAGCUAUCAGUAACUAUCAGACUUGACACUUCGUUUCGUUGGCUAUCAGCUUGCUCCGUGUUGUUACAAGUUGGUGCAUUAAAUAACUUUAAGGAUUAACUAAAAAUGCCGGUCUUAGACAAAAGGAAAGGUGAUGAAAUAUUAGCGUUGGUACCAGCUUCAAAGAGGACUAAAAAUGAAGUGGUUUUUAGUAGCCGAGAAAAAGCAGUCAUACAAAGUGGUCCUCCAAGAACUUCAUCCCUUAUGGCACCAAUCAUGCUCCUGGAAGGCCAUCAAGGAGAUAUCUUCUCCAUUGAAUUUCAUCCAGAAGGACAAUACCUAGCUACAACUGGCUUCGAUAGACAAAUUCUUAUAUGGAAUGUGUACGGAGAGUGUGAGAAUAUUGCUGUCAUGUCUGGCCACAGUGGAGCUGUGAUGGAAAUGCACUUUAGCCCAGAUGGCGGUAAUUUGUAUACUGCCAGUACCGAUAUGACUCUUGGAGUAUGGGAUCUCGGGACAGGUUCUAGGAUAAAAAAGCUCAAAGGACAUACAUCGUUUGUCAACGCAAUAUCAGGGGCUCGCAGAGGACCAACACAACUAUGUUCUGGUAGUGAUGACAGCACUAUUAGAGUCUGGGACCCAAGAAAACGGGGUCAUUGCAGUGUGUUGAAUAACACGUACCAGGUGACAGCAGUAACAUUCAAUGACACAGCUGAACAAGUAAUAAGUGGAGGCAUCGAUAAUGACAUCAAAGUCUGGGAUUUAAGAAAAAAUGCUGUACUCUACAGGUUGAAGGGUCACACAGAUACCGUUACGGGCCUAAGCCUCAGUCCAGAUGGCUCUUACAUAUUGUCAAAUUCAAUGGAUAAUACCCUGAAAAUUUGGGACGUCAGACCAUUUGCGCCCUACGAAAGAUGCGUCAAGAUUCUCUCUGGCCAUCAGCAUAACUUUGAGAAGAAUCUUUUGAGAUGCGCGUGGUCACCGGAUGGUAGUAAAGUGUCCGCUGGAUCAUCAGACAGAUUUCACUAUAUCUGGGACACAACUAGUCGACGUAUUCUUUAUAAGCUUCCUGGCCAUAAUGGAUCGAUAAAUGAUAUUGACUUUCAUCCAAAAGAACCAAUUGUUGCUUCUGGGUCCAGUGACAAACAAGUUUAUUUAGGAGAAAUCGAAGGAUGAAAACGCCAUCGCAGCGACCCCAUGCCUAUCUCAGUUAUUGAUUACAAUUGUGACACCCCCAUCUUUACUCGUAAGAUAAUAAAUCGAUACUUUCUACCCUUGAAAAA